AACCAUCUAAUUUGUUUUUGGUUCUUAAGAAAAUAUAUGGAAAUGAUCAUUAUAGUAAUGAAAAUCUUGAAAUAAGUAGUAAUUAUAUGCAAGAUAUAGAUAUACAACAGGACCCUAAUCAGGAUCAACAACAUACUAAUCAUCAAGAACAAGUUAAUCAAAUUAAUCGUACUAAUGAAGAUAAUUGUAUUAUUCAAAUUGAUCAUGAUAAUCAACAAGGACAAGAUAUUGAAGAUAAUUGUCAAGAACAAGAACAGUAUACAAAUCAUCAAGAACGGAAUAUUCAAAAAAGAAAAUGGACACAGUAUGAAAUAAAUAUUUUAGUAGAAUUUUUUUUAGAUAAGAAAAUUAAUGUUAGAAAGCUCAGAAGAUUAGGUCUAUUGAGGACAGAAGGAGCAAUAUUAAACAGAACACGAAUCAUAAAAUGA